ACUCUACCACGUAGAGGAUCCCUGGAUGGCAAAAGGAUUGCAACAACCAUUCGAGCCAAUCUUCAAACCGAGUCACCUUCACGUCCUGAAUUUCACUGUUCCAGGAUGUCAUAUUCUGACCAAUACAACGCUGAUUCUAAUAAGGCCCGUCUGCGAGUAGUGUUUUCCGCUGCAGUUGGUGCGCGUGGGAGGAGGCGUUUCGUAAUCCCGUCCUCUGUGAGAAACGCCAUACAUUUUGUGAGACUUCUGUGGCACCAGUCAGGGAUAGUGCCUGCGUAACCCUGCAGGUUGUCAUCGUUGGAAUUCUGCGAGAAGGUAUAUAACAACGUGAAAAAGUGUUAUCCUGCGUCAUAUAUAUGGUCGGUCUUCACAAUUUGCAUUUAAAACUUACCUUCUUCUUGUCUACGAGAUGGCAUUAUACUACUACUCCUCUCGACUGUGUGGUGAGUUGGAAGUUGCUAGUAUUUGGUACUGUUAUGUUUAUCAUCAUCCGGAAAGUCGUGGGGUUGGUAUCGCACAGUAUUGCCAUCAUCUGCACCAUCUUCAGGCUCGUUUACAGAGGGCGGAUGCAUCAGUUAUGGUGGGAAGAUGCAUGGGCGGCACUUGCGCUUGUCGCAGACGUUGUUUGCCUGGCAUGUAUCUGGAUCGACGAAGCGAUAAGUUCGUGGAUUCUCGCAAUCGCUUUUACCAGUGUGCUGUGGGCUGCGCGCAUGAGCAUCAUUUUCUCGAUCAUCCCCGUCGCCAAUCACUCGGGAUCCAAGAUCCACAAACAGAUGACCCGUCUCAUCGCAGUAUCAUUUGCGUGUAUGUGGGCCGCGCUGCUCGUUCAGAAGCUAAGUAUCUGCAAAUUCCACUCCUGCCGCCUGGGCAAGUCGGUGGCGCUCUCGAUUUUGACCACGGACUUCACCGCGGAUGUUUCCCUCGUUGCUGCGCCGCUUCAUCUCUUGAAAAACGCAGGCCUCUCGCGUAGCAAAAAAGUACUGGUGCAAUCUGCAUUUUGCGCAUCUCUUCUAAUUACCGCCAUCACAAUCCCUCACUCUAUACUCCUCAUGCUCGGAACCUUUAACACAACUACGCUCAUGUUUGCGCACAUCAAGGCAGCCCUCAGUCUCACCGUCUGCAAUCUCCUGGUAAUCGCGACCUUCUUAUACCGCGUAUACUCAAAAGACACAUCCGACCCCGACCAGUCCAAUGGAAUCUUCACGAGUGUCAUCAUGAUGGGUAGUAGCACAGAUACCCUGACGUCGUUUUCUUUACAGAAGGGGAUAACCUCGAGACAGAUCAGGGUGCAGACUAGAGGGAUGGAGGGUUGAAGUCGAAGGAUGAGGCUGAAGACGCAAGUGUCCAUUACGCCGAAGAGGGAACCAGUAUUAAGAGUAGCUGGCGAGCGACGAUCGAUUAGGAAGUUGCAAAAGAAGAUGGUAGCCUAGGUUUUCAUAUUACCAUCAUGGGACUUUGUAUCAUGAGUCGUACUAAAGUAUCGUAUUUAUGCCAUGGCAUUACUUUGGGAAUCUAAGCAGAUGACUGCGACCUUGUCCUCCA